AUGGCCAUCCUGCGCGAACGCCCGUCUCCAAUAGUCCGCAAGAGUCUUCGGCGGCGAAGACUCGCUCCGCGUCUACUGGAUAGCGACUCAGAGACGUCUCCGCCUAGAAAGUUGCCCACGCCUAGGAGCCCUCGGCCCGUGGAGAGAGAUGAGUACUUGGAGGUGUCUAAACCCCGUGAGGAACAAAAUUUCACAGACUACUACGAGGGUCUCGAUGAGUUUGAGCCGUUGCCUGUCCUGGUGAAAGAGAGCAGGGCCGAUGACGAGUAUGAGGAGUACAGGCUGAAAAGGAAACGACAGGACCGGGAAAUUUUGACACGGCUGAAAAGACCGUCUUUCAGGAAAAUGCCGGAUCAACAUACAGAAGAACCUCCUGUUGCUAGAAGUAUGAUCCAGUUUGGCUACAAUGGCAACAAAACUGUGCAAAAGCCGACCUUUUGGCGGCCAACAGACCGAGGAGACGGCCUCAUUACCGACGGUCUUACCUUAGACCAGAAAGUGCGUUCUCUGUAUGACAUGGACGAGCAGGACGCGAGUUACCUUGAACAUGUCAAUGCAAGACUUGCCAAAGAUGGCAAGCAUAUUUCUCUGGAGCUUUUUGAGGUCAUAAUGACUUAUUUCGAAAUGGAAUGGUGCUUCAUCGAGAAGCUGCUGCCACCCAAAAUAAAAAACGAGCAUCAAAACGAAGAACAGGCCCAGCUCCAUGCCCAGCUGUAUGGAUCCGAUGAUGGGAUAGGAGCUGCUCCAGAGGAAGAUCAGUGCUGUGCCGUUUGCAAUAGGAAUGAGUGCGACAACUCGAACGCCAUUGUGUUCUGCGACGGCUGCGAUAUAGCUGUUCAUCAGGAAUGUUAUGGUGUUGCAUUUAUUCCAGAGGGUCCCUGGCUGUGUCGAAAGUGCCUCAUUGCCCGAAAUCAAAAGAACAGAUGCCUAUUUUGCCCUAGUGUCACGGGUGCGUUUAAGCAGACAGACAACGGCGGAUGGGGCCACGUGAUCUGUACAUUGUGGAUAAACGAACUAUAUUUUGCCAACCCUAUCUAUAUGGAGCCGAUCGAGGGGAUCGGCAAUAUUCCGCGAAGUCGCUGGAAGCUCACUUGUUAUAUAUGUCGUCAGAAAGUUGGAGCGUGUAUCCAGUGUUCCAAGCCCAGUUGUUCAGUCGCGUACCACGUUACAUGUGCGCGACGCUCAGACUUUUAUAUGGAGAUGAAACAAGGAGUCCAAACAGCUAUCCAUGAUAAGAGCACCGUUGUGUCGUACUGCGAUAGACAUUCUCCAAAAGAGUGGGAUUUUUAUCAUGACACAAAGCAAGGGAUCCAAAAAACCAAACUUUACUACAGCACGGGGAAGAACCGAGACUCAGGAAACAAAAUUGUGAUUAGCAAAGCCGAGAAAAAGGAGUUGAAGGACACGAAAAAUCACUGGUUCAAAUGGAAGACCGUGCGCGGAGCCCCUAUCCUUCCUCUUGUUGUGAUUAAGAAGUUGGACAAGAUGCUCCAGAGCUACAGAAUUCCACAAGAUAUUAAUUAUUUAUAUGAGUUUGCAAAGUAUUGGACUCUGAAACGCGAGGCAACUGGAGGUCCCCUGAUCAGACGUCCGGACACGGCAAAUCUCGGUGUUCUCACGAACGAGGAGAUCGACGAGCGUCUUCAGGCUCUAGACUUGAUCAAGCAGGACAUAGCCAGACUAGCAGAGAUAUCCUCUCUAUCCCUGAAAAAGGCAAAACUUGAGCUCAAGUCUACCAAAGAACUGCUUGACCAGAUGGAAAUAUAUUACCUGCCGAUGCAAUAUUUGAUUAAGGAAUUAUUGGAUCAAUUCCUCAAACACGACAGAAACAAUGCCAUAAUUUCGACAACUUUUGAAGAUUCCAACGUGCCUUCUAUCAGGCGAAUAGUGGAAAAGGUUGACAAUUAUGAAUAUCAACUAGUCAGCGAGCUUGUUGACGACCUUACCGCAGUGGAUAAUCAUGUCAUACAAAAUUUCGAUCCGCACAGUGCCAUAUAUAGGCAUAUUCGCAAUUAUUGGAGGAGACUCAGGUCACAAACCAUAGACAGGGCCCAAAAAGCCGAGCGCGCGUUGCUAAAGGGAAACAGAAAAUUGUUCACAGGUGUGCAGGCAGAAGGACUUGACUUCCAAGUCAAAGGAUGA